AGAAAGAAAGAAAGAAAGAAAGAAAAAGGGGAAAAAUUCCACUCUUGUGAGUGAAAGCGAAGGGAGUGUGGGCAAAUGAAGGCACGGCUCUUGAUCACAGAGAAACUUCUCUAAAUCUCCGUCUUGGAUGCCAUCUUCUCCUCUCUCUCCAUUCAUUUUUGGAUCUUUCUCGUGCUUGUGGAGCCUCUAUUGGCACCGCCCAGGUUCCCCAUGUCUCACCUGCGCACUGGAAACCAGUUUUGAUUGCGUUUGAGGUCCCUUUUGAUCCGAUUUAGGGUUUAUUUUUUGAUCUUCUUUGGCCAUGGUUGGUUUCGGUGGGUUUUGAAGCGAAGCUGUUGUUUGAAUCUCUGUUUUUUGGUGGCUUGGUCUCUGGGUUGUUGGAUUAAUGGGGAACAAGAUUGGGAAGAGGAGGCCAGUGGUGGAUGAGAGGUAUACGCGGCCGCAGGGCCUGUACCAGCAUCGGAACGUGGAUCACAAGAAGCUCAGGAGGCUCAUUCUUGACUCCAAGCUCGCUCCUUGCUACCCUGGUGAUGAGGAAUGCGUGCUGGAUUUUGAAGAAUGCCCCAUUUGCUUCUUGUACUAUCCAAGUCUUAAUCGCUCCAGAUGUUGUUUGAAAGGCAUAUGUACAGAAUGUUUUCUACAGAUGAAGCCACAGCAGUCUGCUCGGCCUACACAAUGUCCUUUCUGUAAAACUUCUAACUAUGCUGUGGAGUAUCGAGGUGUGAGGACAAAGGAAGAGAAGGGCAUGGAGCAAAUUGAGGAGCAGAGGGUUAUAGAAGCCCAGAUACGAAUGAGGCAGCAAGAGCUCCGAGAUGAAGAAGAAAGAAAACAGAAGAAACAAGAGAUGGUUUUAUCGGGAAGAACGCUAUCUCCUUCCCAAAUUGAAUACCAAGCAGAGCCAUCAUUGAGAUGUUCAACAGAAUCUACUGAGUUGCUUUCUCCUCAAGACUCUUGUGUUGUGUCGGCAAGUAGAAGUAAAGUUCUCUCCAGACAGAACAGAGAUAAUAACUUUGACAUGGAUCUUGAAGAAAUUAUGCUCAUGGAGGCUAUCUGGCUUUCUAUUCAGGAGCAUGGUGCUCAGAGAAGUCCAGGUUGCGGCACCAGUGCUUUGCCCAAACCAUCAAUGUCUAAUGCUUGUGAUAACUCUCAUGCAGUGGCUCACACUGAAGCAUCUCCAACCCUAGCUGACCGGUUGCAUAUGCGGGGAGAUUCCGCUCAACUAGCCGAAAGCUAUCCCACAGAGAGCUGGACCAAUAUGUCAUUGGGCAAUCAGCUGGAAGCUCUGCCAGUGGAGGAGAAUGCAUGGCCAUUGGACCAUGAAUCAGAGAUUGCAGAGGCCGGCACCAGCUACGCUAGUUCUGAUACCACAUCAGAUACUGGACCUAAUGCAUUAACACUUCCGGGGGUUAACAUCAUUUCUGGUCACCCUUUGCCCGACAGCUUCGAAGAGCAAAUGAUGCUAGCCAUGGCUGUUUCACUAGCAGAAGUUUAAGCCAAUACUAGUCCUCCGAGACUCGCAUGGAUGUAAUUAGCUCCAUGAAUUAUUUCCAUGAGGAACUUGAUUAAACCCCUCUAGUUUUUCUUUCCAUCUUUGUUUUUCUCCAAAUCGGUUCUUGUUAUAGCAGUGGCAUUUGUGAUUCAGGGGUUGUUAUUGUGUAAGAAGGGGAAGGGAAUAGAGAAAGAGAUUGGUACUGCUUGGCAUUUGAUGUAAUAUAUAUAUAUAUAGUUGACUUCCUGUAUGUAAUAUUAGCUUUAUUUUCCAUCAGUAGAGCUUUAAUUUAUAUCGCUCUGUUUUUGAAGAUAUGGAAAAUUGACAAGACUUGGUAUAAA